CUUCUCUAGCUGCGAUCAAACUUUUGUCUUUUGAGUGUCUUUAUAAUGAAAAAACAGAACGCGCGGACCCUCGCGCUCAUCAUCAGCAUUCUAACCUACCUGCUGGUUGGAGCCGCCGUGUUUGAUACCCUGGAAUCUAAACAGGAAAAAACACAGAAGAAGAAAAUAGAUGACAGAAAAUACGAACUUAUGCGCAAAUAUAAUUUGACCAAAGAGAAAUAUGACGAGAUUGAAAUGGUGGUUCUACAGUUAAAGCCACACAAGGCUGGGGUCCAGUGGAAGUUUGCCGGGUCUUUUUACUUCGCUAUCACUGUGAUAACAACUAUAGGGUAUGGACACGCUGCCCCCAGUACGGACUCAGGGAAGCUGUUCUGCAUGUUCUACGCUCUCCUGGGAAUCCCUCUCACGCUGGUCAUGUUCCAGAGCCUGGGGGAGCGGAUCAAUACCUUCGUCAGGUUUCUGCUGCACAGCGUCAAGAAAUGCCUGGGACUGCGUCACACCCAGGUGUCCAUGGCCAACAUGGUGACCAUCGGCUUCUUCUCCUGCAUCAGCACCCUGUGCGUCGGGGCUCUCGCCUUCUCCCAGUACGAAGGCUGGAGCUUCUUCCACGCCUUCUACUACUGCUUCAUCACGCUGACCACCAUCGGCUUCGGGGACUACGUGGCGCUGCAGAAGGACCACGCCCUGCAGAACGACCCCAGGUACGUGGCCUUCUGCUUCGUCUACAUCCUCACGGGCCUCACGGUGAUCGGGGCCUUCCUGAACCUGGUGGUGCUGCGCUUCCUAACCAUGAACGCCGAGGACGAGCGGCGGGACGCCGAGCAGAGGGCCCUGCUCUCCGACGGGAGGCCGAGACGGGACGGGCGCCUCCCGCCCUCCGUCUCCCUCGCCUCCUCGUCCGCGCCCCCGGACGGCCGCGGCGCCAAGCGGGGGAUAAAGGACGCCUACACGGAGGUGAUGCACUUCCAGACUGUGUGCUCCUGCCUGUGGUACACGGGCCGCGAGGACGACCUGUCCCUCUCAGAGGCGUGCAUGGAGCAGGUCGGCCUAUCCCCGCACCCCCUGGACCCGGGCACCGUGGGCUGCGUGUGCAGCAGGCACCACUGCAGCGUCAGCUCCAUCUCCUCAGGCCUGCGCUUCCUGUCGCCGCUCACGGCCUUCAAGAGACGCAGCUCCGUCUGA